AUGCCUCUCCUCGUCAUAUACAAUCCUGUCUCGGGCGAUCGCUCCUCGAAAGCGCUUUUCGACAAUCAUGUACUCCCUCUCCUCUCCCAACACAACAUCACGCCCGACAAGGUCGUCGCGACCGAAAGCGCAGGACACGCCGGAACCAUCGUCUUUGACUUCCUCGCAGCCACUGCUGCCGGCAGCGAUCCCGUCUCUGUCAUCCUCGGAUCUGGAGAUGGCACCCUCCACGAGUUGAUCAACGCUCUCAACAAUCAGCCAAGCAGCAAGCCCCUUCCCCGCAUUCACCUCGCCCUCGUCCCUAGCGGCACUGCGAACGCAUUGUAUUCCUCUCUCUUCCCACCCUCUCAGCAUGACGAUCCGAUCCAGUACAAGCUCAAGUCUGUCCAGGCAUUCGUCUCCGGAAAGCAUAGCUCGGUUGCUCUCAACCUCGCCGUCACCGUCCUCUCCGCUCCUCCGGUCGCCACGCCAGGGCUGCCCGCCGCCCCCAAGCAGGUGUCGAUCUCCGCCGUCGUUACGUCCACCGCCCUCCACGCGUCCAUCUUGCACGACUCCGAGGCCCUCCGCGCGUCCGAUCCCAGCAUGGAGCGUUUCAAGACCGCCGCACUCCAGAACAUCACGCGCUGGUACGCUGCCAGCGCCAAGUUCUAUCCCCGCGAGGGCGCGGGCGUCGUCGAGGUCUACGACCCCGCGACCCAGCGCUGGGUCCCCCACGAACAGAGCACCGAAGACGAGCCCAUCGUGGACCUGAACGGCCCCUUCGUGUACUUCCUCUCCACAGUCAAUGUGGACAGGCUGGAGCCUGCGUUCAGGAUCUCCCCGCGAGGCAAGGACGUGCUCGGGCCCAAGGGGAACACCGCUGCGCUCGACGUCGUCAUCGUCCGUCCGAUGAGGGACCCGAGCUACGACAUGGACUCGGAGGCUACUCGCGCUGCGUUCGCGGAGAAGGCGGGUGCGGUCCUUGGCGCCGCAUACCAGGACGGAGCGCACGUAGCUCUGAGGUACGACGAGGACGGCAAGGUCGUUGCGGAGGGCGACGGCCCGACAGUCGUAGAGUACCUCCGCUGCGGGGCUUGGGAAUGGGAGCCGGAUGACAUCGAUCUGCGAGCGCACUUCGUCUGCGCGGACGGGGAUAUCCUCACCAUCCCCAACGGCGGCAAGGCGACCUGCACUGCAGCUACGCCGAUGAGCGACUCCACCGGAUUUUCUUUGUACGUCUGA